AUGGAAUUUCACCACCUCAUUCCUGAAGGCUGCCAUGCCGUUCCGCAUGAGAAACUCGAUCUCCGCCCAGAUGAAGAAAUCGAUUCCGAGCUACAGAGUGCGAGACCUAUCGUUAGUCAGAAGAACAUAUGGUUCUUCUGGCAUGCUGGGUUCAGCGCUUUACAUCCAUAUACGAAGCGUAACAUUCGGACCUGGCAUCGUCGGUUUUCGAAGAAGGGUUGGACGAUCCGCGUGAUCAGUUGCGAUCCUAGCGAUGCCUUGAAUAUCGCAAACCUUCUAAACAUAAAAGACCGGAACUUGUUUCCUGCGGCUUUUGAGGAUGGAACAAUAGGUGGAAGAUACGCCGCACAGCAUACGUCCGAUCUUGUUCGAUGGCCUCUGUUACUCAGAUAUGGCGGCAUUUACGCGGACGUUGGAAUGAUACAGAUUGGGGAUGUAGAUCGUCUGUGGAACGAAACAAUCGGAGACCGUUCUUCCGGUUACGAAGUCCUGAGCUACAGAGGCCCGCAACAGCAGGGAAGGAAUCUCACAAACUACUUCCUCGGCUGUAAAGCAGGCAAUGAACUUUUCGCUCGUUGCCACAGACUUUUCCUCAAACUUUGGGAGGGUCGAACAGAUACCGUGGGACUGCAUGCACAUCCAUUGCUGGAAGGCGUUCCUUUGCAGGGUGGGUCUUUUGAGAUAAGAGAAGAAGGAAAGCCUACUAUCAAUAAAGAAGAAGCUGGAAAGAUGCUGACAGACUACAUUAUACAAGGCCAGGUCGUUAGCAUGGUCAUGGGUUUGGUUGAUGAAGUAGAAGGGUGGAAUGGACCAGAAUACGUUGAAAAUCACGUGUACGGAAUCGACUUCAUAAGCGGGAGCCAGCUUAUCAACGAGUUGACUGGCUGGAAUGGGAAGGUACAAUUCGAGUUGAUGUCAACAAAGAUGCCUGAGCAAGGGGCAAAAGAGAAUGACAAGCAGAAGAAGGCGAGGGAAAUCAUUCAAACAGUGCUACAAAACAGCUGGGGCUUCAAAUUGGCCCACGGAAUGAUAUUGGCUGUAUACAAGGAGACGCUAGGAAGUCUUUGGAGGGAUAAUGAAGGCUCUGAUGUUUCUCAUGGAACAUAUGCAGCAUGGUUCAGACACGCAACAUUAUACUGGGACCAGGAUGCAAUCCCCUGUAAAGUUGAUUUCCCAGUCACUCAGCCUUGGAAGAGAGGUGCAUUACUAGAUUGA